AUUACAUACGUCACAUCCUCACGAUACGCCUGUUCUGUUGCCUGUAAACUUUCAGUAGUGUCAGUGAAUCGCGAGAAUCCGCAGGUUAAUCAUACUCCGUACUACACAGUCUUAUCAUAUUCUGAACCGUCAUUUUACAAAUACGAAAGUGUACAAAGCUGUUUAAACAUACAAGAUACUUCCAGGCAAAGUAUCGCGUACGUGUCCUAGAUAUGGGUUGCUUAAAUUAUGAUUAAAAACAGAAGUUGCAAAACGUAACUUAUCAAAAUUAGAUGCAGCUAAAUGUUUGACCUUAAAGUUAAGAUAAAGCGAGCUGUUCUCCGUUCUCAUCGAAUUCAUCUUCUAAUCGGAAUACGCCCAUAAUUAUAAAUUGGAAAAAUCUUCAAUAAAUAAAUUCUAACGCUCUCGUUUUUAUUAUUCGAUUAUCGUAAAAUUACAUAUAAAGAAUGCCGCUACUUCGAAAUUUAUCUCGGCGUUUUAAUUUGCUAACAACCGACGCGAAACCUGAUCCACCGCGAGUACCGCCUGAAGGAUAUACGCAUAAUUUAGAACCGAAUGCGAACGGAGAAUCGAAGAACAAGUCACAAGAGGAUCAAACUAUUCUAGCGUCCGAACAAAGAAACUCUUUCGAAAAUGACGCGGUGCCGAUUAACAAAUCGCAAUCGAGCACCUCUACCACAGAAGAUUUAAACGAUGCUAAAUCUUCUCAGAAUGAUGCGAAAGGACAAAAACGGCCGAACGUGAAAACGAAGUCAAAACAAAAUUGUACGUGUAGAACGCGUACUGUGAAUUAUAACAUAAUUAACUCAAAUGAUGUGAACAUCGGCUCGAAGACAAGUUACAUUUGUAACGUUAAUCAAUUGGCCAAGAAUAACGCUGAUACAUCGGAGGAGCCGUGCUCGAAAACAAAAUUUCGACAAAUGCCGAUGGAAGUGGAAUGCUUAUCCGUUUCUACUGAUCGAGUUACUUUGGACGAUAUAUUUGUCGUUAAAACUUACAUAGGACACGGGUGGAGAGACGUAGCUAGGAAGCUAUCGUAUUCCGACGGACAAAUCGAACAGUUCGAAGAAAAUUACAGAUUCAGGGGCAUAAGCGAAGUGAUCUAUCAAAUAUUUCUUGAUUGGAUACAAGCGAAUACGAAGGAUGCGGAAAUCGGUAAAUUGAUAAAUAUUUUAUGGGCCUGUAAAGAAUAUGACUGCGCUGAACGACUAAUUUCCGCGCGUAACAAAUCCAUAUAAUACACUUCAAUUGAUAAUAUCUGAUAUCAGAUAUUUCUAUAUAAUAUGUAUGUACAUAUAUAGUACCAUUAGCAGUAUGGACUUUAUUGUUAUAAUUAGAUAAAGGUUGUCAUAUUUUUUUAUACAGUAGAAACCUAUAUAUCUAAACGAUAUUUUAAUUAGUACCUGACUAGUCGAAAUUUAUUUCAUUGAAACUCAUUUAUACGUCUUACGAACUGAACAAAAACAUCACCAAAAGGUUUACAUAAAUGGAUGUCUGCUAUAUGUAUACAACUGAGGUAUUUUUAAUCAUGUACAAUUACAAUACAAAUUAUAACAAAGUACGAUUUUUAUACAAAGUUUACAAAAAUAUUUACGCGACUGAUAUGUGAAACAUUUUUUCAAAUGACACAUUAGUGGGCUACUUCAAGUCGUAGAAAGAAAAGUCAUAAGUAUUAAAGCAUUGAUUACUCCAUCACCAAUAUGUACAGUCGAAAGAUCUAGUUAACGUUUAAGAACGAAUAAAUUUGAACAAUCUCUUCAA